AUGGUCAUCUACAAACCAGGAAGAGGGUCCACACCAGAUACCAAAUUUGCCAGAGAUUUGAUCUUGGACUACCAGCCUCCAGAACUGUCUGAAGACUGGUUUAGUGGUUAUAAACUUCAAGCACAGGUUCACAUUGGUGGGAAAGGAACAGCUUGCCAAAAGAAGGUGGUUCAGAGAACAGCUACAGCAGAUGAAAAAAAACUUCAGUUCUCCUUAAAGAAGUUAAGGGUAAACAAUACCUCUGGUAUUGAAGAACUAAAUAUGUUCACAAACCAAGGAACAGUGAUCCACUUUAACAACCCUAAAGUUCAGGCAUUGCGGGCAGUGAAUACUUUUAUUAUUACAGGCCAUACUCAGAUAAAGCAGCUUACAAAAAUGCUUCCCAGUAUCUUAAACCAACUUUAUGCAAACAGUAUGACUAGUUUCAGAAGACUGGCUGAAUCUCUGCCCAAACAAUCUUUGGAUGAAAAAGCACAACUUGUUACCAGAAAGGUGGAUGAUGAUGAAAUUCUAGAUCUUGUGUACAAUUUUGAUGAAGCUUCAAAGAAUGAAGCAAAGUGA